UCAAGACAAGAGAGUAGAAAAUUCGUUAUUGCAUUUUUCCAGUUCAAAAUCUUAAGCUGACAUCAUGUUGUUACCAAUUUUAUCGAAAUAUAUUUCGCUGUGUCUGUUGCUGACCGUUUUCGAUUGCGCUCUGUGCAGCAAUAGUAAUACAAUGAAUUCGGAAACACCUGGAUUCUUUUUGAAAGUAACAAAAAAUGUGCCCCGGUUGGGCCGUCGAUCGCAUCAACUCAGUGAUUUUGAAAAUUUCUUCUUAAAAACGUCAAAGAGUGUACCACGUAUCGGACGAUCGGAUAGCAUGGAUACCGAAAAACGCGAUACAACAAUAAAACACUACAACAGUGUUCAUCCAUUCGACUCGAAAUCGUUGCACCAUUUAUUGGCUACUGAAGAUGUAACCGAGAACGAUAUCAAAUUCAUUUCAUGGGAAAGUUUUGAUUUGGCGCUGGAUAAUGAUGAAGGCUUGUUCAUGAAACUACUUUCGAUCGCCGACGACGAGCAAAGUAUGCCAAUGUUGGCGCAAAAGUUGGCACAAGACACAUUCAUACCACUAUCAAAACCACAAUCACCGAACGAGAGCAACUACUUUUAUCGAAUUAGUCGCAGUGGUACCCAGUACAACUGAAGCAAGAGUUCCGGUUUGGUUUAACCAAAACUUUCAAAGAGUCGAAAUAUUCCAACAACAAUAACGAUAACAAAAAUACCAUCAGUAUCAAAAGGCCGAUGGUGUUGCAUUAUUGAAAAUCAUUCAAUAAAUUUAAAAUAAAAUAAUAACAGCCUCAAAAAUUAAUGAUGUGUUUCUUUUGGAUGUCUUCCAGGUGACAUGAAUUUAUGAAAUAUUACUUUGCAUCAUAUUUUUGUUAAUUGAAUAUUUAUGAAUAGUUGAAAAAUUAUGCUUUAAACAUAACUUAAAAUAUCUUUUAUACAUAAAAUAUGUCAUAUUUGUGUAUGAAAU